AUGUCAUGCAAUGGAGAAACUUCAUAUUUCAACUUCAGUUCUAAUUCUACCAGCUUUAUAAGAGAUUACAAUGCUCAGCUGUCAUGCUCUGUCAGUGGUGGGUAUCCUCUCUAUCGUAAUAUUACUUUGAUUAAGAAUGGAGUGGCUAUUGCUAAUAGUACAGAAUCAGAAUUAGUUUACAUUACUUCUGGUAGCUCUAAGUAUGGUCUUUAUCAGUGUGCAGUUGAUACUACAGCUCAGUAUAUUAAGAAAGAAAUACUAUUGGAAGAGGAAGUUCAAUUUACUGUUCAAUUGAAUGUCAACAAUUGCCAUGAAUGGAAUGAUGCUGAGCUUAUGAAUGCUUUGAGAAAUCAAACUAGACAUUCUUGCAGAUGUUCAGUCUAUGAUGUCAAGUUUCGUGAUUCUGACAUUUCUUGCUCUAAUAAUGCACUGUCCUUUUCUUCAACCAUGAUAUAUGCAGCAAUGGAUGGGUCUCGAACUGCUUCAGAUUUGAUGUCAAUAUUACUUUACAGCUUUGAGAACAAUAAGUUGCUAUGGAUAAAUAAUAUGACUGCACUCUCUGUUGCCUCACCUUCAGAUGAUGAUGAUGAGAGCAGUACAACAAAUGAAGGUUUAUUGAUUGGGCUCUUUGUAGCAGGUUUUAUUGCUUCUUUUGUUAUUGUUCUCCCAAUUAAUGCAGUAGUGUAUUUUUGGGCCAAAAAACACUACAAAAAUCCUGCUCAUAAUGAUAGUAAUAUUGAAGGAGAUACAGUUCGAUAUGAUAAUAAUAAAGAAGUCCCACAAGUUAUUCUGAAAUCCAAGCCUCAGCCAAAGCUGCCUACUGUGGCAAUGUCUAGGCCACAAUCUCAAGCACCUUCUGUGCCAAUUAAGCAAAGGCAGCAAAAAAGUUAUGAAGAAGAAAAUCAAGACUAUGUGAGAGGGCAGCUAGACUAUGAGGAGUUUGAUGUACAGCAGCAAGAAAUAUAUGAAAAAGUCCAUUAAAAUUUUUGCUAUUUAGAUAGUUUAGGACAUUUUUAUGUAUGUGUGACAUUGUUAUUGUACAUGUGUGCGUAUGCUAUAUAUAAAAAUUACUCUUUGCUUAUUUGAAAGGAAUUAGCAAGAAAUCACGUGCACUCACAUGUUUGGCAUAUACAAAAGUUGGAGCGGGAAUAUACGGAAAACUUGGUGUGGGGCGGGGCUAUUUGUUAUUAAUGUUUAUAUUUGAUGGGAACCAAACAUCCUCCACUGUAUUUCAGAGCCUAUUUGAUUCACUUAACACUGGGAAUAGUAUAUCGGUGAGUGUUUCCAAUCAGUCCCUUUGGAUAAUAUGGCCACUCAAUACUUCUGAUGAGCCCUUUACACUUCCUGAUGAAGCUCUCUUAACUGUCCUCUUUAUCUCUGGAUUCAUUGCUGCUGCAUUAAUAUUCACAAUAGUAAUUGUCAUAGUGUGUUUUGUGCAGAGGAAAAGAAGAAAACUAGCAGCUCAGAGAUCUGCUCCUCCUGUUGCCUUCCAUACUCGUCAGAAUCAAGCAAGGAUUGAAGAUUCACCAGAAGAAGAAAGGCCUUUACCUGCCGCUGACAGCUCAGCUAAUCGUGAUACUGAUGAUGAUGAUGAGGAGGAUUGGGAACUUCCGAAUGAAAAGAAUCUAUAACAAUUAUAUUUAUGACUGAUUGAUCUAACUAGAUCUACAUGUAGUGUAGGUUCAUUCACUUCAUUGAUAUAAUGUGUAUGUAGUUAAAUUUUACUCCAUUUUAUUACAAUGUUACUUCUAAUAAUUAGUUGAUUGA